AUGGCCAAAUGGAGUCCUCCCCCCAAAUUUGCCUUCAAGCUUAAUUUUGAUGGGGCUUCUAAGGGUAAUCCGGGGAGGUCUGGUAUUGGAGUGGUCAUUUUUUAUCAUUCUUCUAAGAUUAUUAAAGUUGUGGGAAAAUAUAUUGGUCAGGGCUCUAAUAAUGUAGCCGAAUUUCAGGCAUUAUCUUUUGGUCUUGAUCUUGCUAUCUCUUUGAAUAUUAAAGACAUUGUUAUUGAAGGAGAUUCAAUGUUGGUUUUUCAGGGGGUUUCUGCCAAAAAAUGUAUCUCUUGGCAUUUACAGUACUUGUUAGAGCGCAUUCUUGUGCAAUUGGAGUGUUUUUUCACCUUCACUAUCUCUCAUUGUUAUAGGGAGAUCAAUGUCGUUGUGAAUUUCUUGGCCAGUAGGGUUGUUGUUGAGGGUGCUGACUUCUUAGAGGUUCUUCCUUCAGACAUUCCAGCCUCUUGCAUUAGGAUUCUAUCUUAG